AAAGAGGAAAUAAUUUCGAUAACCGAUUGGCAGUUAUUGAAAAUAACAGAUAUACAGAAUCAAUGAUGUCUCAACAAUCAUCGACAGCAUUUAUUAUCAUUUAUUUGUCGGCCAUGAUACUCUUGGUACAUUGGUCAUGUACUCGAGCAGAAUCAUCACCGGCAGCACAAAGUAACAGUGUAAAUUGGGAAACCGAUAUGAUUGCCACAUCACAAUCGAAACCAUCAUCAAUGUCGAACAAUCUCAACGACAUAUCGGAUAGAUUAUAUCGUUUGAUUUAUAAACGAUUGACCGAUACAACGGCAUCUAAUCCAUCGAUAGAUUCAUAUGGAGAUGAUGUUGACCGCUUCAAUCGUCCAGAACGACAUUUGCGGUUUGGGAAGCGUUUUAAUUCACGAGCCAAAUAUAGUGACCUUGAUUAUGGUCAUAUGCGUUUUGGAAAACGUUGAAUCUUUUACUUUAUUUCAAAUCCGGAAAACGAUUCUUUAAUCAUGAAUUUUGAUCAACCUACAAAACAAAAAUCGUUGACAAAAUGAAUCAACAAUUUUUGUCUU